AUUUUUAUUUUUUUGUUUUAUUUUCUUGAAUUUAAAAGAAAAAUUUAUUGACUUGGAAGUCGGGUCGUCGUCGCCCAUGGAUGGUGAAGUGUGAAGUACAUUCCAUUCCAUGGUGAUAUGCUGGUGGAAAAGAAAAGGAUCUUCCAUUCUUUUCUGUCAUAGUUUCCAAAGCGAACUGUCUGUCUGUCUGUAAGAGAGCCAAGAAAGAUAGGGUACAGACCACGCCUUCGAAGAUGGUGGCUCGGAAGUUCCUCGUUCGCCACAACGACUCCGACUUCGACAUCGACUACGACACAGACGACGGCUUCGAAGUUUUGAAAUUCCAGCUCUUCUCUCUCACUUCAAUUCCUCCCGAUGAACAAAAGAUAUUCGGGGGUGAUGAUGAUCGGCUCGUGUCGGACGACUCUGAUCUCCUCUCGAUUUCCGAUAGACUUCGAUUGUUAUCUGUCAACGACGAAGAAGGAAAAUCGGUGGAUCAAAAUGCUGAAUUGGUCAAAUCUGAUGAAGAAUUUGCUCGGAUGUUGCAGGCAGAGGAAGAAGCACUUAUGUUGCAGCAAUAUGUUGCCACUGAGGAUAACUCACAAAUUGAGACCAGGAUACGGCCUUACGUCAGUCAGGUUCUAAUGUACGAAGACCCAAAUCGCCAGGACUCUGCUAGGAAGACAGUGCCUGUGGAGAGGCUUGAGGAGAAAGCGUUGGUUGCAUUGGCCAAGGAGGGAAACUUUAAACCAACAAAAAGUGAACAAGAUCAUGCUUUCCUGCUGCAGCUGCUUUUUUGGUUCAAACAAUCAUUCAGGUGGGUAAAUGCACCUUCUUGUGAUGGUUGCGGCGGUGAAACCACUGGUAAUGGCAUGGGCAUUGCACUUUCUUCAGAAACUCUCUAUGGAGCUUCACGAGUUGAACUUUAUCGCUGCAAUAGUUGCUCAACAAUCACUCGUUUCCCUCGGUAUAAUGAUCCAUUAAAGCUUCUGGAAACACGGAGGGGACGUUGUGGGGAGUGGGCCAAUUGCUUUACACUGUAUUGUCGAGCUUUUGGUUAUGAAUCUCGUCUUGUUAUGGAUUUCACAGAUCAUGUUUGGACAGAGUGCAUGUCACCUGUUCUAGGAAGAUGGAUGCAUCUUGAUCCCUGUGAAGGAAUAUACGACAAUCCUUUGCUAUAUGAGAAAGGGUGGAAAAAGAAUUUGAAUUAUGUAAUUGCUUUUGCAAAAGAUGGAGUGUAUGACGUCACUAAACGUUACACCAGAAAGUGGCAUGAGGUUCUGUCUCGGAGAAACAUUACUACGGAUCCCAUCCUGUCUAUUAUUCUCUCGAACAUAAGAAGAGAAUGUCGACAGAAUUUUACAUCUCAAGUGAUUUCUGCCCUAGAGGAACAAGACAGGAAUGAAGCUGAAGCACUUGAGAGAGAGUUGCAUUCUAAAGAUGAUGCUUCAAUCUCGUUACCUGGAAGACAAAGUGGUGACAAGGAAUGGCGCAUGUCAAGAUCAGAAUUUGGUUCUGACGAGAUUUGCUUUCCAAGUUCUUGUUGUUGUCCAGCCCGUAAAUGCAUUGAUGAGCAUGUGACAAAGAUCUACAAUGCAUUUUGUCCAAUCAUUUCUCAGUUUGUCGAGAAAUCUUGUUCUAAAUCUAGAGCUGUUGAAGUCCUUCUGUUUUUUAAACAAAUGUUAAUCAAUCUCAAGAAUUCCCCUUUUAGAACGAGGAGAACUUCUAUAAACCCUGUUUCAAAUGGUGCACAGCAUCUUUUCCUUCAGAUGCUGCCUUCUUUUGGUCAAUUGUUUGAUGCCCUUUCCCUGAAGAGUGAGCUAGAUGCCAGUGGAAGGGUUGACAUUUAUUUGGCUGCUGAUCCUGUUAGAACCUCCAUAGCAUUACCUGUUUUGUUCCAUGCUCUGGAUGAUGUGAUCCAUAAUGUCAACAUAUGCAACAACUUCAAUAAAAAUUCUCUCUCUUGGCCACUUCAAAAAUUAAACAGAAUAUACUCCGGUUUGGUCCUUGCUAGUGGGGAGGAGCUUCCUUUUGGAAUUGUCACAUCUGCAUUUGAUGGAACUCGAAUGUCAAAGUGGGAAGAACCAAAUGGUGCCAGAGGUUGUUGGAUCGUAUACAAAGUGUUGGAUAACCAGAUGCAUGAGCUUGUCGCAUAUGAAUUGAUGUCAGCUAAUGAUGCUCCAGAGAGAGAUCCAAUGGAUUGGGUUUUGGAAGGAAGUGAUGAUGGAGGUUCCAGUUGGCGUGCUUUAGAUAAACAAAGUUCUCAGAUGUUCAAAAACCGUUUCGAGCGGAAGACAUUUAAGAUUAGAUCAGUGGGUUUCCUAGCUAAUGCAUUCAGGUUCAGGUUUCUGGCAGUUCGUGAUCGUCAAGCAACUUCACGGUUUCAAUUGGGUAGCAUUGACCUCUAUGCAAGCGGUUAAUGUUGACUGUUUAUCUGUUUAUCAAAAACCAACGAAUAUUAUUUUCCAUUGUUUAUGUUGUGCACUAAUAUUAUUUCCCUGUCUACUUGAAAAGAAAACAAAUAAACUGAACCGAUAACUCAAUGUCUGUAUUAGCCUUUUUAAGUAGUUAUUCACCAAUUCCAUAGGUACUGGAACGUGUGGACUGAGGUUGUGAAUUAAGCAAUGGAAUAUCCAUUUAAGUUUGUAUUGAGCUUGUGGCUGACCAUGCACUAAUAGAUUUCUUGGUUCCUUUUCAAA